AUGAAUCAAUUUAAACCUAUAUUUUUGGGAAGUGUCGAUCCUAACUCUGAUAUGGCGCAAUAUGUUCGAGUUGUUAAUACUCAGAAAUGUAUUAGGGCUGGGGGUAAACAUAACGACCUCGAUGACGUUGGAAAGGAUGUAUAUCAUCAUACAUUCUUUGAAAUGAUGGGGAAUUGGUCAUUUGGUGACUAUUUCAAAAAAGAAAUAUGUGCAUGGGCCUGGGAGCUUUUAACAGAUGUGUAUAAACUGCCUGGAGAUCGUCUUUACGUUACUUACUUUGGUGGUGACGAAGCUUCGGGUCUUGAACCUGAUUUGGAAUGUAGAAACAUCUGGUUGAAGUUAGGCAUUCCUGAAUCUCAUAUUUUGCCCGGAAGUAUGAAAGAUAACUUUUGGGAAAUGGGGGAAACUGGUCCUUGUGGUCCAUGUUCAGAGUUGCAUUUUGAUAGAAUAGGAGGACGCGAAGCAGCACACCUUGUCAAUAUGGAUGAUCCUGACGUUCUCGAGAUUUGGAAUUUAGUGUUUAUUCAAUAUAAUAGAGAAAAGGAUAGUUCAUUGAAAUUAUUGCCAAAAAAACACAUCGAUUGUGGUUUGGGUCUGGAAAGAUUAGUCUCGGUGAUUCAAAAUAAAAGGGCAAAUUAUGAUACUGAUUUCUUCAUGCCUAUAUUCAAAGCUAUUGAAAAGGGUACUGGGAUGAGACCUUAUUCUGGUAAGGUGGGUUCCGACGAUGUUGAUGGUGUUGAUAUGGCCUACAGAGUUUUAGCCGAUCAUGCUCGAACAUUGACUAUUGCUUUAUCAGAUGGAGGUUGUCCGGACAAUACGGGCAGAGGUUAUGUGCUACGUAGAAUUUUGAGGCGCGCUGUACGUUAUGCAUCUGAAAAACUCAAUGCUAAACCAGGGUUUUUUGGAUCUUUAGUUCAUGUUGUAGUUGAAUUACUUGGCGAAGUUUUUCCAGAAAUCACAAAAGAUCCCGAAUCACUUAUUCAGCUUAUAAAUGAAGAGGAAUUACAAUUUUUGAAAACAUUGUCACGAGGUAGAAACUUGUUGAAUAGAACUAUAGAGAAGUUAAAUGGAUCAGUCAUACCCGGUGAUGUUGCCUGGCGUCUUUAUGAUACAUACGGUUUUCCAAUUGACCUAACACAUUUAAUGUGUGAAGAAAAAGGCCUCACUAUUGAUAUGGAAGGGUACGAAAAGGCGAAAAAAGAAUCUCAAUUGAUUUCGCAAGGCAAAGCAGCAGGGCAAGAAGAUUUGUUGGCCUUAGAUAUUUAUGCUAUAACUCAUUUGCAGGAAACUGGAAUAGCGACAACUGAUGAUUCUCCUAAAUAUAACUAUAUAGCGUCCUCUACUGAAAAAGAUGCCAUCUAUAAAUUUGCACCUUGUUCAGGAACUAUUGUUGCUCUUCGCCGUGGCAAGGAAUUUGUAACUGAAGUACACUCCGGACAAGAUUGUGGCAUUAUACUCGAUAAAACAAAUUUUUAUGCAGAACAAGGAGGGCAAAUAUUUGACGAAGGAUAUAUGGUAAAAACAGAUGACGAAAGUGUUGAAUUUAUGGUGAAAAAUGUACAAGUUAAAGGUGGAUAUGUGUUGCAUACUGGAAAAGUUGAAGGUUCACUAAAGGUGGGUACUAAAUUAGACUUACACCUGGAUACUGAAAGGCGAAGACUUGUUAUGAAUAAUCAUACAGGCACUCAUGUAUUGAAUAAUGUAUUACGAAAAGUCCUAGGGAAUGAUUCUGAUCAAAGAGGGUCUCUCGUCGUGCCAGACCGUCUUAGGUUUGAUUUUACUAAUAAGGGUCCAAUGUCCACAAAACAAAUCAAAGAAACUGAAGACCAAAUUAAAGAUAUCAUAAGCAAAAAUAAAAGAGUGUAUGCUAAGCAUACAAGUUUAGCCGACGCUAAAAAAAUUAAGGGACUAAGAGCGAUGUUCGAUGAACAAUACCCUGAUCCUGUACGUGUAGUGUCUGUUGGAGUACCUGUGGAAGAGCUGGAGAAAUCUCCAGAUGGUCCAACUGGGUAUGAAACCUCGGUAGAAUUUUGUGGAGGAUCUCACUUACAUCAAACUGGCCACAUUGGAGAAUAUGUAAUCGUCAGUGAAGAAGGUAUUGCUAAGGGAAUUAGAAGAAUUGUAGCAUUAACAGGACCAGAAGCAAUGAAAGCCAUAAACAAAUUAAGCACAUUAGAAAAUGAAGUCAAUAAUAUUGCCAAUUUAAUUAAAGAUCAAAGAGACAACAUAAACCAAAAAGAAAUUGUUAAGAAAAUUGUUGAUCUUACAAAUGAUAUAUCCCAAGCUCAAAUAUCGUAUUGGAAGAAAGACGAACUUAGAACAUUGCUUAAAAAUUUAAAAAAACAACUUGAUGAUAAAGAACGAGCUGCAAAGGCUGUCACUAUCAGUCAAGUGACAGAAAAAGCUAAAGAGAUAUGUGAAGAGAACAAAGACAGUAAAGUUAUUGUGUCUGAGUUAAAAGCUUUCGGUAACACGAAGGCUUUAGACAAUGCCUUAAAACAAGUGAAACAACUUUGUCCAUCUACGUCGGCCAUGUUCUUCUCUAUAGAUGAUGAAACUAACAAAAUAUUUUGUCUUGCUGCAGUACCAAAAAACGCAAUUGAUAAAGGAUUGUUGGCAUCCGAAUGGAUUCAAUCGGUCGUGCCGGUAAUAGGUGGCAAAGGUGGUGGUAAAGCCGAAUCUGGUCAAGCUUCGGGCAAUAAACCAAACAGUCUUAAUGAAGCUAUUGAAAUUGCGGAGAAGUUUGCUAGUGUAAAAUUGUCUUAA